GCCCUGACGAGUGCAGAAUUUCCUUUAGCCCAAAGGUAUGUUGAUGUCCUGCUGAUGAUGACGCUGAUGUUUGUCAUGAUUGCGGUUGACUACAAGUCGAUGUAUACAAUUGGAUCUGAGAUCAUGAUGUUCUUCUACAGUCUCUAUGUCUACUUCAUUGACAAGUACUUCUUCUUGCGCAUCAAUCGCCAGACCUACUACGUGAGUAGCAAGCUGGAUCUCACCGUACAUUACCUGUUCGCUGUUCCCAUGUUCCUGUUGGCCUGGUUUCCCAUUCAGUUGCUCGAUGCUUCACUGCCCAGUGGCUGGGGCAGAUACGCAGCAAUGGCUGGAGCUAUGCUGCUGUUCCUGGCCACAGCACACAUAUGUGAAUGCUGUAACCAUCCACAACGUGAGCUCAGCGAUGUGCCUUACGUUGAGGUGGCCAGCAUCACGGCCUGCAACUACUUCAACACCAACCAUGCUCAUGUUCUUCGCACCUUACACUUCCCAUCUAUCGUCGUGCCGCCUGUUUACCCGCACCUGCCGGGAAAGGAGUACUUGCAUGGUGGCCAGUUUGCUGACCAUGAUGAUAGUGUCCAUUUGCGGGAGACAUUGAUGCUUCUCGCCAAGAGCCCCUUCUCAGAGCUGGAUGCAUUGGGCAAUCCACAGGACCUCACGUGA